AUGGUCCUUCAGGAUCUCGGGCGGCGAAUCAACGCCGCUGUCAAUGACCUGACUCGCUCCAACAAUUUGGACGAGAAGGCCUUUGAUGACAUGAUUAAAGAGAUCUGCGCCGCCCUGCUGUCCGCCGACGUCAACGUCCGCCUGGUCCAGUCCCUCCGCAAGUCCAUCAAGUCCAGCGUCAACUUUGCCUCUCUUCCUGCCGCCGUGAACAAGAAGCGUUUGAUUCAAAAGGCCGUCUUCGAUGAGCUAGUUUCCCUGGUCGAUCCCCAUGCGGAGCCCUUCCGUCCCAAGAAGGGCCGCUCCAACGUGAUCAUGUUCGUCGGUCUGCAGGGUGCCGGUAAAACGACCACUUGUACCAAGCUGGCUCGCCACUACCAGAUGCGCGGCUUUAAGACUGCCCUUGUCUGUGCCGAUACCUUCCGUGCUGGUGCUUUUGACCAGCUGAAGCAGAAUGCCACCAAAGCCAAGAUCCCCUACUACGGUAGCUUGACGCAAACCGACCCCGCCAUUGUGGCAGCCGAGGGUGUGGCCAAGUUCAAGAAGGAGCGUUUCGAAAUCAUCAUCGUCGAUACUAGUGGUCGUCACAAGCAAGAAGAAGAGCUCUUCACCGAAAUGACCCAGAUUCAGACCGCCGUCACCCCCGACCAGACCAUCCUCGUCCUCGACAGCACCAUCGGUCAGGCUGCCGAAGCCCAGUCUUCUGCCUUCAAGGCCACCGCAGACUUCGGAGCCAUCAUCAUCACCAAGACGGAUGGUCACGCCGCAGGUGGUGGUGCUAUUUCCGCCGUCGCUGCCACCCACACCCCCAUCAUCUACCUUGGUACCGGUGAGCACUUGAUGGACCUAGAACGCUUCGAGCCGAAGGCCUUCAUCCAGAAGCUCCUGGGUAUGGGCGAUAUGGCUGGACUGGUAGAGCACGUACAAGCCGUGACCAAAGACUCGGCCUCCGCCAAGGAAACCUACAAGCACAUCUCAGAAGGUAUCUACACGCUGCGCGACUUCCGCGAGAACAUCACCUCCAUCAUGAAGAUGGGACCCCUCUCCAAGCUCUCCGGCAUGAUCCCCGGUCUAUCCAACCUGACCGCGGGUCUCGAUGACGAAGACGGCUCCAUGAAGCUCCGUCGCAUGAUCUACAUCUUCGACAGCAUGACGGCCGCCGAACUCGACGGCGACGGCAAGAAUUUUGUCGAACAACCCAGCCGCAUGGUCCGUAUCGCCUGCGGAAGCGGUACCACCGUCCGCGAAGUGGAAGACCUGCUCUCCCAGCACCGCAUGAUGGCCGGCAUGGCCAAGCGUGUCGGCGGACAGAAGAAGCAGAUGCAGCGCGCCCAGAACAUGCUCAAGGGUGGUAACAAGGAGCAGCAGCUCGCCGCCAUGCAGAAGCGCAUGGCCGCAAUGGGUGGUGCCGGCGGUGGUGGAUUCCCCGGUAUGCCCGGCAUGGGCGAUAUGGCCAAGAUGAUGCAAAUGCUGCAAGGUCAAGGAGGUGGAGGCGGCGGCGGUCUGCCCGGUCUAGGUGGAAUGGAUCUACAAAGUAUGAUGAGCCAGAUGAGUGGGUUGAUGGGCGGCGGCGGCGGCGGUGGUGGAGGCCGCGGUAGAGGACGGUGA